CCGUUAGUGAUAAGCACGCCUGGCAACUCAUCAUUCCCUCCAACCUCCUCUCUCUCUCUCUCUCUCUCUCUCUCUCUCUCUCUCACAACACCUUUUUCUCUCUACACCUUUCUUUAUCUCUCUACAAUUCUCAUUUUUCUUCUUCUUCUUCUUCUUUCUCUAGCCCCCACUUUACUUUCUUUCUUCUCAGCUUUUUUUCUCACUUUAUCCAUUUUUUCCUGGAAAUGCAUAUGAAUUCUGUUUUGUCUGUAAUUUAUCUGCAUUAGAUUGGAUCUGGGUCGGCUUCAUUUGGACUCUGAUUGGGAUUUCUUCGUCAACAACCACCAGGCUGGUUUGGCUCCAAUCUUGCCAAAGUUGUGGAUAACUUAAUAGAUAAAGCUACAAAAACAAAAUGGCUGUUUCCAUGAGAGAUUUGGAUCCAGCUUUCACGGGAUCUGGACAAAAGGCUGGACUUGAAAUAUGGCGCAUUGAAAACUUUCGUCCUGCUCCUGUCCCAAAGUCCUCUUAUGGAAAUUUUUUUAUGGGAGACUCUUAUGUGAUCCUGAAAACAACAGCCUCAAAAAGUGGUGCUUUGCGGCAUGAUAUCCAUUAUUGGCUUGGGAAAGAUACUUCUCAGGAUGAAGCUGGAACCGCAGCCGUCAAGACAGUUGAAUUAGAUGCAGCUCUUGGAGGACGUGCUGUCCAGUAUCGCGAAGUACAGGGUCAUGAAACUGCAAAGUUCCUAUCUUAUUUCAAACCAUGUAUCAUACCUCAGGAAGGUGGAGUUGCAUCUGGGUUCAAACAUGCUGAGGCUGAAGAACACAAGACACGGUUGUUUGUGUGCAAAGGAAAGCAUGUUGUCCAUGUCAAAGAGGUUCCUUUUGCUCGAUCUUCACUCAGCCACGAUGACAUUUUUAUUCUGGAUACCCAGUCUAAAAUAUUUCAAUUUAAUGGUUCCAACUCAUCCAUUCAAGAAAGAGCUAAGGCGUUAGAAGUUCUCCAGUACAUUAAAGACACAUAUCAUGAUGGGAAAUGUGAGAUAGCUUCCAUUGAGGAUGGGAAGUUGAUGGCUGAUGCUGAAAGUGGAGAAUUUUGGGGUUUAUUUGGUGGCUUUGCUCCACUUCCAAGGAAAACAGCCACCAAUGAAGAUAAAUGUUUUGAUUCUUAUCCUACCAAGCUACUUUGCGUUGAGAAGGGGAAGGCAGAACCAGUUGAGGCUGAUUCUUUGACGAGGGAUUUGCUAGACACAAAUAAGUGCUAUCUUCUAGAUUGUGGGUUGGAAAUGUUUGUUUGGAUGGGGAGAAAUACAUCUCUUGAUGAAAGGCGGAGUGCAAGUGGAGCUGCAGAAGAGUUAGUCCGCGGUCCUGAUCGAUCGAAAUGCCACAUAAUUCGUGUAAUUGAGGGCUUUGAGACAGUAAUGUUUAGGUCAAAAUUCGAUUCAUGGCCUCAAACAACUGAUGUAGCUGUGUCAGAGGAUGGUAGGGGCAAGGUUGCAGCACUCCUCAAGCGUCAAGGGGUUGAUGUGAAGGGUCUACUGAAAGCUGAUCCCGUAAAAGAAGAACCUCAACCAUACAUUGAUUGCACGGGAAAUCUGCAGGUUUGGCGUGUGAAUGGGCAGGAAAAGAUUCUACUUCCACCUUCUGAUCAAUCAAAAUUUUACAGUGGAGAUUGCUAUAUUUUCCAUUAUUCAUAUCCAGGAGAGGAUAAAGAGGAGCAUCUUAUAGGAACAUGGUUUGGAAAGCAGAGUGUUGAGGAAGAAAGAGCGUCAGCUAUUUCACUAGCCAGCAAGGUGGUUGAGUCAUUGAAGUUUCUAGCUGCCCAGGCUCGUAUCUAUGAAGGCAGUGAACCAAUUCAGUUCUAUUCAAUCUUCCAAAGCAUAAUUGUAUUGAAGGGUGGUCUAAGUGAUGGAUACAAAAACUAUGUUGCGGAGAAGCAAGUUCCAGACGAGACAUAUCAAGAAGAUGGUGUGGCAUUAUUUCGUGUCCAGGGAACUGGGCCAGAUAAUAUGCAAGCAAUACAAGUUGAUGCAGUUGCAUCAUCUUUGAAUUCCUCCUACUGCUAUAUAUUACAUAGUGGCUCAACUGUCUUUACGUGGUCUGGAGGCCUCGCAAACUCGGAUGACCAGGAACUUGUUGAGAGGCAGCUCGAUCUGAUAAAGCCAAAUCUUCAGUCGAAAACACAAAAGGAGAAUGUUGAGUCUGAACAGUUUUGGGAUCUGUUGGGAGGAAAAUCUGAGUAUCCAAGCCAAAAGAUUGUAAGAUCUGCAGAAAGUGACCCUCGCCUAUUUUCCUGCACCUUCUCGAAUGGCAAUUUGAAGGUAGUGGAGAUAUACAACUUCACCCAGGACGAUUUGAUGACUGAAGAUAUAUUCAUCUUGGAUUGUCACUCAGACAUCUUUGUUUGGGUCGGCCAACAGGUCAACUCCAAGGAUAGGAUGCAUGCUUUAACUAUUGGGGAGAAAUUUAUCGAACAUGAUUUUCUUAUGGAAAAAUUAUCUCGUGAAGCUUCAAUAUAUAUUGUCAUGGAAGGAAGUGAGCCACCUUUCUUCACGCGCUUCUUCAGUUGGGACUCUGCAAAAUCUUCUAUGCAUGGGAACUCAUUCCAAAGGAAACUUAGUAUUCUGAAAAACGGGGGUACUCCAACUUUAAAUAAACCGAAACGGAGAGCACCUGUAUCUUAUGGUGGAAGGUCUAGUGUGCCAGAAAAAUCACAGCGUUCCAGAAGCAUGUCUUUCAGCCCUGAUCGAGUUCGUGUGAGGGGCAGAUCUCCAGCCUUCAAUGCAUUGGCUGCUACUUUUGAGAAUGCUAAUGCCAGGAACCUUUCAACUCCACCACCAAUGGUCAGAAAGUUAUACCCCAAAUCUGUGACCCCAGAUUCAUCAAAAUUGGCUUCAAAAUCAUCAGCUAUAGCAUCAAUCACUGCUGGCUUUGAAAAACCAGGACCAGCAAGAGAAUCCAAUAUACCAAGAUCGCCUAAAAUGAACUCAGGGGCCCCCAAACCAAAACUUGAGACGAAUAACAAGGAGAAUUCUAUGACCAGUCGACUAGAAACCCUCACCAUAGAGGAAGAUGUGAAGGAGGGUGAAGCAGAAGAUGAGGGUCUCCCAGUAUACCCAUAUGAACACCUUAAAACAACAUCAUCAGAUCCUAUUACAGAUAUUGAUGUGACGAAGCGAGAGAUUUACUUGUCAUCAGAGGAGUUCAGGGAGAAUUUCGGAAUGGCAAAGGAUGCUUUUUAUAAGUUGCCAAAGUGGAAACAGAACAAGCUUAAAAUGGCCCUUUACUUGUUUUGAAUCUCCCCAUACUCGGCAUUUUCUUCAGCUUCCUGCAGUUUACGUUGCAUGCGUUGGAAUGCUUGCCCAGCAAAACUGUACAUAAUCCUUGUGAAAACUACAGUUUGGUUAUCUUUGAAUUACAACUGAGGAAGCAUUCUGAUUACAGUGCUUUCUUCCUGCAGUGGGGGAACACAGAUUCUCAGGAGUGAAAGGGACAGCAUCAGUGCAUUUUUAGCUGCUUCUGCUCCCAAGAAGCUUGUUUUCAUGAUUGGACAGAAACAACAAACAAAUUUUCUAAUCUUUUUCCCCUCUUUGUCCUUUUGAGUUGGUUUGAAUGUCUAGGCUUGCAUUUUUGUUAAGUUAGCUUCUUGGUAUUCUUUCUGGUCACAGGUUUGUUGUGAGCUUGCAUUUUUGUCUUUCAUUUUCAAUUUUUUUAUUCAAAAUUUGAAAUUUUUUUUUGGUUGCUUUUUCUGGAUUCAGAAAUUGAUUUCAGUAGAGCAAUUAGGGGGCUUGCAUAUGCAUACUUAGGUUGUGUUGAUAUCUGAGGAAUGACACUGUGUACAGCAGAGUGUAAAAACCAAUCGCUCCUGUUUUGACAAUAAAAGUGUGACUUUUUGCCUU